AUGGAUGGUGCUGCAGCUGGAGGUUUCCUUGAUGUCGUGCGCUUUCUUCAUCAAAACCGCAACGAAGGUUGUACAACUAAAGCCAUGGACGAAGCAGCUCGCAGCGGACAUUUAGAGAUGGUAAAGUUCUUACAUGCUCAACGUAAGGAAGGUUGUACGACGGAUGCAAUGGACGGUGCUGCACUUGUUGGACGCUUGUCCAUUAUCACGUUUUUGCAUGAAAACCGAAAGGAAGGAUGUACGACCAAAGCAAUUGAUGGUGCGGCAUGGAGAGGACACCUUGACGUUGUUAGGUUUCUAGUGGCAAACCGCUCGGAUGGCUGCAGCUUCAAAGCCAUGGAUACUGCCUGUCAAAAUGGCUAUGUGGAGAUCAUGCGUGUUCUGCAUGAACAGGGAAAUGCACCAUGUACGACCGUUGCAAUGGAUAGUGCUGCGAGUGGUGGUCAUCUAGAAAUCGUAAAAUAUUUGCAAGAAAAUCGAGUGGAGGGUUGUACAAAGGACGCUAUGACGAACGCAGCAAUCAACGGCCAUGCAGACGUUGUUUGUUUUCUUGGAGAACACAGACAGGAAGGCCCACAUGAAUUUGCGCUUGAGCGUGCUGCUGCGCUAGGCAAUGCAGAUUGUGUGGAAGCCUUGAUUCGCUGCUCGAUUCGCGGUUGUCUCUUCGACGCACGCCUUGCUGCUCUUCAGGCUGGCCAUUCUCAUGUGGUAGCCAUUCUGUCGGCUUGGAUGAAUCCAGACGUCCGCACAUGCUCACUAAAGCUCUAUCACGUACGUUCAGGCCCCAGAUGGUGUCAAAGGCAGUCACAUUUCGAACACCUGUUUGAACCAGCAUCCCUGAAUGUAGUCAAAAAGGAGCAACACUUGAGUUUUGCCAAACAUUCUGGUUGGUGGUGGCGGUUCCGAUGGUUGUAG